AUGGGCUCGGGCUCCGUCUCCAUCGGCUCCGGCUCGGGCUCCACGGCCGGCUCCGUCUGCCCGGCCGAGUCCACCGCGACCACCUGCGCAGAGGAGGACGCCAAGGGCUGGACCGACGCCGGGGGCUACACCUGCGGCUCCUGGAUGGGCUACGAGUGCGCCACGACCGCGGUCGAGUCGUUCAGCUACACGCCGGCGCAGGCGGCCGCGCUUGCCUCGUGCUGCAAGACGUGCUGCGCCCCGGUAUCGGGCUCCGUCUCCAUCGGCUCCGGCUCGGGCUCCACGGCCGGCUCCGUCUGCCCGGCCGAGUCCACCGCGACCACCUGCGCAGAGAAGGACGCCAAGGGCUGGACCGACGCCUUUGGCUACACCUGCGGCUCCUGGAUGGGCUACGAGUGCGCCACGACCGCGGUCGAGUGGUACAGCUACACGCCGGCGCAGGCGGCCGCGCUUGCCUCGUGCUGCAAGACGUGCUGCGCCCCGGUAAAAUCAAGGGCCCGGAGGGUCUGA